AUGCCCCUGUUUUCCUACGAAUCGGGCCUCUGCGCAACCUGCAAGGCUUGUAUGCAUGUUCGCGCAGUGGCAAUACCGAAAUGCCGCGAGCGAUUCGACAUUGAACGGAAACUCGCCAUGGACGCCACGUCUCUCGCCGCAUAUGACGACGCUAUUCUACGCGUGCAGCAAACUCUCGAAAGUCUCAAGUCGGACCGGAAGGCGCUAGAGGAAAGCAUGAGUACAAAACGCGCCAUGCUCGCUCCCAUUCGCCGUCCCCCAAACGAGAUAUUCACCAUGAUCAUCUCCUUCGCCAUCUUCAACGCAUGCUCUUCCAUGGAGGACAGCGUGCGCAUCUUCCGCCACUCCGUGUUCCGGGUCUGCCAACGCUGGCGCGAUCUUGGCUUUGCGGCCUCGCCCGUCUGGUCCAAGAUCACACUCUUCCCUCACGUUUACACUGACUGGGACGACAUGAUGCGACUAUGUCUUGAACGCUCUAAGGCGCACCCUUUGGAUAUCUAUCUAUCCAGUGGCAGACGAAGCACAAAACCUGGACGAUAUUCAUGGAGCGAUGAGAUCACACUCAGCAACCGCGACAUCAAGGCGCUGCAUGAUCUCGUAGCCUGCUCGACACGCUGGAGAUGUGUACGACUGGGGACCUUCCGCUUUCCGGACGAAAUUCUAAAGCGGGAGACGCCUUUGUCGCUUCCGCAGCUCACCUCUCUCUUUCUGGAGAAACCGUACUAUGUGUAUGGCGUACCUGGCACCGGCAGGUUCAAAGUUCCUCUGUCCUACGAACACUUGUUCUCCGACGCACCCGCGCUCAAAAAUGUCCGCAUCGAAAGGCACGAAAUUCAACAUCUUCGUCUGCCGUGGUCUCAUCUUACGCGGCUAUACAUCGCCCGAAACUUGGAAGAGGACGUUGAGCACUGGCUCACCGCCUUACGCCAAUGUCACUCGCUGCGUUCUCUGACGCUCGAGGAUACGCUCACUACCAUCAAAAAUGGAACCCAACCCAUUAUUUUGCCAUGUCUUCAAGAUUUGGAUUUGCGAACGGGUGCAUGGGGCAUCCUUCCCUACCUCUGCGCUCCGAUGCUGCAGGCUGUCAAGCUCGAGCGCGUCGUAUUCUUCAACUUCUCGGAGAUUGAGCCUCACCCGUACCUCGAAGCCCUCAAGCGCUGCGUGCUUCAGAGCGGCACCCGCGUCUCACGAUUGAGCCUCGAGGUGACCGCCUACGACGGCGUCGUGUUCAACUGGAAGGAGAUCUUCGAACCAUACCACAGCACCCUCACGCACCUGGCGAUCAAAACCAGCCCCAAAGCGAUGUACUCCCUCAUCUGCACGCUCGCCGCCAAACCAGACGUUCUUCCCCACUUGACUUUGCUCACGCUGCCCGAGUUCAAAAUCGACACUGAAAAGGCGUUCGCUGCGAUGGUGCAGCUCAUCGAUUCUCGCGCUAUCCUGGAGGAAAUCGAAGUGUACCCCGUGGAAGGAUACGCAGAGUAUCUUGACCGGUUGCAAAAAUCCAGUCUGGCGAUAUACUUUCGCCCUACCAACUGGCGUUCUGCGACUACCACCGAAAGGGCGCGUGCAGAAGAGGAGACUUGGAUUAUGGACCCCGUGCCAUCCACUAGGGUGCCAAUUGCUGUAUGGCACCCUCCUCUUCAAUGACGAGGAGUAUUGAGCGCACGCUUCAUACUCACUUUAACGCAG